CGGCACACGCGCGACACCGCACUCGCUGCCACGCGCCGCGCACAAUGUUUACAUUCAAUCCAGCGAUCCGGCAGAUAGAUAACAGAAAGCGACAGUGUUAAUACGGUGUCUGUACCACGUGAGUAGUGGACUGUGUCGCGGCAUAUGACAGAGCCAGUGUAGUGUGAACAAAGGUCCUUGCGAUGACGUUCUCCGGGAGUGUGAAGGAGAGUAAACCGCGCAGCGUGAGCACCAACAAAACCUGGGAAACAGAGCUUGGCUACGGAUGGACGCACAGCGGGCAGCGGCGAUGCCGCGCGCACCGUGCGCCGGAGUCGACGAUGUCGGUGAGCAGCGACAUCCGGUUCACGCGGCGCAAGCUCAGCCGGCCGUGCCGCGGCUGCUGCGCGGCGCUUGCGGCGCUGCUCGUGCUGCUGCUACUGGCUGCUGUUGCAGUUUAUCUUGGACACAUGUACUUGUUCGGCGACCCGUUGAACCGGCAGACGUUCCGAGGGUCGUUCGUGGUGGCGCAGUGGGGGGAGGGCUGGGAGGGCAGGGACCUCAACGCCACGCGGGAGGGCGCUCUGCGCCGCGCGCUGCAUGACCUCUACCGCGCGUCCGAUCUGCGAUCCUGUUUUGUUUCUGCUGAGAUCCUCGCCUUAGACAGCGCGGAUGACGGCGACCGUGUCCACUUCGAGGUGUCGUUUGAGCCUAUCUUCACCGCAGUGAGCACAAGCGAGGUGGCUGCUGUCAUCUCCAGGGAGCUCAGCCAACCGACCGUCUACCUCGACAGCCUCAAUCUACUGCCUGAGUCUUUGCACUUGGAGGAGAACUCUGUAAUAUCGUCGCAAGCCCUAAAGGAGUCCGAUACGACGCCGCUAGCGGCACCGACAACUGAGCCCAUACCCGAGGAAGUGGAGGAGGUUCGAGAAUGUUCUCCAAUCACCCUUACCCUCUGCUCUCACCUGCCAUACAACUCCACCAGCUACCCCAACCUGGUGGGGCACGCCUCCCGAGACGCCUUAUUGCGAGAUCUAGUGGCAUACAGGGAACUCCUGGAUGCAGAGUGCUCAUUUCUUGCUCAAGACUUCGUAUGUCAAAUGCUGCAGCCCCGUUGCGAGGGUGCACACGUGACCCGACCCUGUCGCGCGUACUGCCGGGCCUUCCACGCCGGCUGCGGGGCUCGCCUGCCAGACCGGCUGAAGCCGCACUUCGACUGCGGCAGGUUCCCAGACUACUUCGGACCAGGAUCGUGUACUCCUGAGCCAGGCUGUAGCGCUGGUCUCCAACGACUAGCACUAUCUCGGAGAGCAUGUGACGGCGUGCCGGACUGCGCGGACGCAGAGGACGAGCGCGCGUGCGCACACUGCGCGGCGGCGGGCGACACGGGGCUGCGCUGCGCACUGAGCGCGCGCUGCCUGCCCGCGCACCUGCGCUGCGACGGCACGCCGGACUGCCCCGAUGGCAGCGACGAGAGUGGCUGCUUAUGGGUUUCUCGCUCACUGGCGGCAUGGCGGCGAGAGACGGCGGAGUCGACCCUGGGCGCAGUCCGCAGCCGCGCCGGGUACGCGGUGUGGGCGGAGCGAGGGCGCGCUGGGAAAGUGUGCGCAGCCCCAUACGAAAACGACAAACGAGCCUUAACAAGCCUGUCCAUAUCGCUGUGCAGAGUUUUGACUUUUAAGACAGCGAUAAGUGCGGAAGUAGUACCUGAUGCUGAAGAAGAAAGUAAUGAAGAUGAGAAUGUUCCUCGGAGGGAGCCUCCGGAAUACGUAGAGGUGGUCGACCCGUUCGCGCCCGAAAUAGCGUUCAUCAAGAGCGAGUGUCCUCAAAGGAGAGUCAUCAAAGUCGUUUGUGAUCAAAUAGAAUGUGGUUUACCUUCUGCGCGUGUGGCGCGUGCUCGCAGCGGCGUGGAGGGCCUGCCGCGCUCGGCACAGCCGGGGAACUGGCCGUGGCACGCGGCGCUGCUGCGCGCGCACGUGCAUGCCUGUGACGCCGCACUCAUACACCCCUCCUGGCUCAUCACUACUGCUUCUUGUUUCCAGGGCCAACCUAAAGCCGAAUGGACUGCUAGAUUGGGAACCGUGCGGAUACAAAGCACGACUCCAUGGCAACAAGAGCAGAGGAUUGUCGGCAUGGUGCGGUCUCCAGUUGAGGGCAGCAUGUUAGCUUUGGUUCGUUUGGAAGAGCCAGUGGAGAUCACAGACUUCGUCCGACCGGCGUGCUUGCCAGAACCGGGAGUCAACAGCGACAACGGUAUCUGCAACACGCUGGGCUGGACCAGGAACAGAGAUCAGCUUCAAAGAAUACAUGUGGUCACAAGUCCCAUGAACACGUGUGAGAACGUCAGCAUAGCGACUGUGAACGGAAUUUGCGCAGAACCACUGUACGAUCAGGAUGAUUGUGACGAAGAAGAAUACGCGGGAAGCUCAAUGAUGUGCUUCGACAAUAAAACAAAACACUGGUCUCUGAUGGGGGUGAGCGGGUGGCGCAUUGCGUGCUCCAAGAUCGGACUGGGGAGGCCCCGGAUCUACGAUGCUAUAGCCUCCCACGUCGACUGGAUCCGGCGAACCAUCGCCAACGCCGCUCGGUGACCGGCAUCGGCCAUUUCUAUUAUCUCUAAAGACUGCAAAGGAUGUAUGCCACCAUGAUUGUGUACUUUUUAGUCAUAAGUUUUUAGUCUGUAGAUAAUUUUGACAGUUCCAAUAUUUAAAAAGUUGCUAAAAUAGUUUGUUAUAAAGAUUUGAAAAUGGACAACAGUUUUCCAAUUUGAAUACUCAAGUGAUAAUAAAAUAGUCCAAAUAUUUACCUAACAGUUACAGAGCCUUUAUAUUUGUUGCUAAUAGUUUUGAUAUUGAUAAAUUCUGUACCAUUUAGGUUAAGAUAAUUUAUUACAAAAUUAAUGUACAAUGUUAUUAACAACCUGUUGUAAAUAUUUCUUCAUGAAAAGUACCAAAUUUUAAUAAUUUUGUUUUAUUGUUUUAGAUGUAGAACUAAAAAUUAAAUAUUUUUUGUAAAGUAAUUUGGUGUUUAUGAAACCCUAUGCCUACAGUUCCACUCUUUCAAUCCAAGGUUUGAUUAAAUUAUUCUUCAUCUACAAAGCAUUAUUUAAAAUAUUUGAAUGAUGCCCCUUAGCCACUAAGCUAGAACGCUACAAAAUUUAA